UCGUCCUUGGCCGGCCUAUAAAAAUGGCAACCCAAACUCCCCUAAAAUAACCAGAAGCCAGGUGGAAAGAUUGCAAUUUUUUUUAAAGGAAAUGGGAAGUGAAGCUGAGAUUGUCAGGAAACCAAGAUUUCUUUGCCUCCAUGGAUUCAGAACAAGUGGAGCGAUUCUCAAGAAACAGAUAGAGACCAAGUGGCCUCAAUCAGUAUUGGAAAAGAUUGACCUUGUUUACCCCGAUGCGCCUUUUCCAGCUGAGGGGAAAUCCGACGUCGAAGGGAUCUUUGAUCCUCCUUAUUACGAGUGGUUUCAGUUCAACAAGGAAUUUACGAUUUACACAAACUUUGACGAGUGUCUUGCCUAUAUCGAAGAUAUUAUGAUCAAGCAAGGACCGUUCGAUGGUCUCCUAGGUUUUUCACAGGUUUGUUCUGUUUGGUUGCCGUUGCCGAGAAUUGAAGGAGCCAUCUUGUCAGCUGGGUUGCCUGGACUGCAGGCGAAGGGUGUGGCUCUCACGAAAGUUGCCAAAAUAAAGUUUUUGAUAAUAAUUGGAGGGGCUAAGUUCAGGUCAGAAUCAGUGGCAGAGAAAGCUUAUUCUCCCCCCAUACAAUGCCCAUCAAUCCACUUUUUAGGAGACACGGAUUUCUUGAAACCACAUGGAUUGAAGCUCUUGGAAUCCUUUGUAGAUCCUGUUGUUAUUCAUCAUCCAAAGGGCCACACUAUUCCCAGAUUUGAUGACAAAGGAUUAGAGACAAUGCUGAGCUUCCUGGAGAGGAUUCAAAAGAUGUUAACUGAGAAACAAGAAAACGAAUUACACUGCAAAGAGGGUGCCUUAGAAGCAUAAAAGUGAAAGCAGAAUCAUUUUAAUCAUCUGCUUGUGAUAGCACUAAUUCUUAGCCAAAAAAGCUUGUUUAUUUUCAAAUGCCCAUCAUAAAUUAUUUUUAAGUUCUAUAAUUUUGCAUUUUUUACCUUGCUAGACUGGUUAUAUAAAUCGGCAAAAGUUUGUACUAUACGAUCAUUAAGAUAUAAAGUAAAAUUAAUUUGACAAUUUUCUUCAAUUUCACUAUGGUUUUAUAUAGUCCUUUCCAAAGGAAAAAAAAAUUUGAAAUUAAAAUCAGUCAUGAACAUAAAUUUUAACCAAUUCAUUUGCGAAAAUAUCGUUAGCAAAGGAAACAAUGAUAAAAUGUCCAAUUUCCAGCCCACCAUCAAAAUGUCCAAUUUCCAGCCAUGCAAUCCCAGCGUUCCCUGCGUUCUAUUAGAAACCAGGUGAAGUGGGAGGAAUGGCGUCGUCGCUGCAAAAUCAGGGUUCUAUUUCGUACCUAAUGCAGCGAGAAGUUGCUCAUGGGUCCUCUUGGCAUUAGUGUUAAUCAGCUAAUGGUUAGUUCGCGUUUCUUAACUACAUUUCUUAAAUACACAUUUGUUUCAUUGUCUAUUUCUUUUUUCGAUUUUUGUUUUAAAGCUUGAAUGAAUUCAGUUUUAUGUGAAAUUGUCAGGAAUUGGCUGGUUUAAGCGUAGCCACAUCGAUUGCUGAGGUAAUGGCUAUUACCUUUUUUUCGUUUUGCUUAUUGAAUUUUUCUGGUUUCCAUACACUAAUUUAAUCAUACAAAAUUUCCGUGUUUUUAUGUUUAUCUAAGUUUGCCUAAGAAUGUUUCCAACUUGAUAUUGAAUUGGUUUCUCUACCUUGUCUUGCUACUGUCUACUACUGCUAGGAUCAUAGAAUGUCAAAUAUAUAUUGUUCAGUUGACAAUUCUGCUUGAUAUUAUAUAAGAUUAUAGCUUGUUCAGUCUAAUACUACCAGGAGCUUUUCUCUUGUUACAGGUUUAUAAUCCAAGUGAGUAUAACCAUGUUCUUGCAAUUUGUGAUCUGGGAAACAAUGGAGGUUAUGGGCUGGUUGCUGCUAGUCAAAAUGGACAUUAGGAUUCAGUAUGUGUGGUUCAUUCCAAUUGUUUAACUCCUUUAUAUAUGUUUUCACCUUACUUUCAAUACUGAAACUUCCAGUCUUAUUGUAAAUUUUGAUGUGUUAUCCCCAUUUGCAACCAGCUGCGGUUUACUCGAUAAUUUGGUUCAAGAAGUAGGACAAUUGACAGGUGUAAAGCAGGAUUGAAUCAAGGAAUAACUGCUUUGCUGGCUGAGUUAGCUUAGUCUAUUACUAACUUGAAUUCUGGCUAUUGAUUCUUUAGGCUAUUUGUAAUUGAUGUGGAGAGGACGGUAAUCAUCAAAAUAAAAUGGUGGAUAGUAAAUUGAUUCUUUGGGUGUACCUUGUAAUUAUGUUGCAUAUUUAUGUGGAAAAUUGCUUUGGACCUUCAGGCUUAUAACUUGAUUUAUUGAACUUUCAACUUCCGAUGUAAAAUUGAAGUUUUCUGCAAUGUGAAACAGAAUCUGAUUAAAUAGUACACAUUUAUUGCAUGUUGAUAUGUUCUAUGAUGAUCCAUGGGCUAUAAUGAACUAUGAUUUCCUGGUAAGAGUGGAAUGAUCUGUGCAGAAAGUUUCUGAUUAGGAAUUAGAGCAAUACUAUCACAGUCAUCCUCGAGGAAGUCAAAUUGGAGCAACAGUAAAGAAGCUGGUCUGUGACUUACAUAAACAUUCUGUUAAAAUGUACAGGAAACAUGGAUAAUAGGUCUAUGGCCUUUUUUUUUUUAUCGUAUUAAUGUCCAUUAGAAAUAAAAAAUGAUAGGUUUGAUAAAAAAUUAAGGACCAAUUUCUUGCUUCAGAGUACUAUAGUUCCUGGAGGCAUAUACUACACCAGCAAUACUAAGAACUAGAAGAAAAAUACUGAAGGGUGCGUUUUCUAAUCUUCAAUGUGUGACCCUAAUAAUUUGGUUUAUGACAAUAUUCUUCUAUAAGCAGGGUGCUUCAAAUUGUUUUCAUUGGCUUGAUUUCCAUUAAUAUCUUUCCAAGUGAACUGCUUGUUCUAUUUACUUCCAUUUAAUGUGUUCAUCAUCACAAAUGACGAGCCAUGUGAAAAGCUUGAGACUCCAAUGGGAGGAAAUCAGAACAAAAAAACCCUUAUGUUUUUCUUUAUGCAGGAGUUUGAUUCACAAGCCUAAACACUGAGGAGGAUACAGACUUCCACCAGAGCGUUUUGAGUUUUCGUAAGGACAGCAGUCCAAUUUGCAUGACAGGUUGUUUACUUUCACUGUCUUGCUAUAAUAAUUGGGCUGUAAAAUAUGAAUGGAAAGAGGAUUUUAUCCAAAAUCUAUCCCAACUUCAAACCCUUUCUAUAUUGGGUUGUAAAAUACGAGCCAUUUUAUUUAGAUCCAUUGUUUGAUAAAUGCUUUUGUGAUGAGUUGAUAAUUGGGUCAAUUCCUGAAGUAGCUAAUAGUUGACAAUGCUUUCUAUGUUCCAAUUACGCAAGUUGAAUCACCUUAAGCAGUAAGUCAAGCAAGUUCAAGUCACUCAAAGCUUUCCUCCCCUCCCGUGCCGUCUCUCUGUCACCCUCUGCUCCCUGCAAUCCACCCCCACAACACCUCUAAAAAAAUGCCAUAGGAAAAAUGGGUCUCUAGAUGGAUUUUACUGACACUAGUCUACAUCUCACUUCAAAAUAUCUUACUUCCCUCUUGGCAGAUGCUUGGUUUACCUCGGAAAUAGAGGACAUGAUUCGGCAACCAGGAGCAGAAUUUAAAAUUGUGGUUAAAAUUAUUCAAAUGAAGGUUGGUCCAAUUGGUAUUAUGUGUGCUAUUUUGGCAGGUUGGAAUAUUCCCCUAUAGAGAUCAAUGGAAAGCGAGUUUGGAAAAUUAUGCUUUUGGCUCCGAGUAGUAUAUUCAUCUUCUUCAUUGUGA